AUGUCAUCUAAAAAGCCAAAAGGUAAAUUUUUCGAUUCUGUUAGCGACAGCACAAUUGACUUGCAACAAUUAAAUAUUUCUGACAAUAAUAUUACAUCAGAAGAUACUAACAGUGAACAAACAAAAAUAGCUGAAACAGACAGAACAAUAUUAGAAACAAAUGGAGGAGUAUUAUCUCCAACACCUUCUCAAUUUAAAAUUUUAACAAUAGAGGGAAAUGGAAAUAAAAAGCCUAUUAAAUCUUCAAAUAAUUCAAAUGAUGAGGAUGAUGAUUGUUGGAAUAAUCCAAUGUUGAUAAUUGUUCAAUUUAUUUUUCAAUUAUUUUAUUUAACUUUGUCGAAUAUUCAAAAUGAUGAGCAAUUUAUUUUUGAAAAUCAAGGUUAUGGAUAUAUAAAUAUAAAAAGAAUUGAAUUUAAUAAUUAUUUAAAUAAAAAUAUUUUAAAAAUAAUUAUCGAAAUAACCAAUUCUGUCAGAGCAAUUUUUGUAGUUCCAAAUAAAGGAUAUAAAACACCAUAUUUUAAUAAAGGACAAUCAAAUAAAAAAAUUUAUUAUGUUGGGAAAUCAAAUUUUAGGGAUGGAAAUGCAGAAAUAAAUAUUGAAGAAGAUUUUGAUAAUAAUUAUAGAAAGGGAAUUGUUAUUUGUGGAAGAUUAAUAAAUAAAAGAAUUUUUGUGGUAAUUUGGAAAUUUAAAUAA